AUGUCACAAGUCGGCGUACGGUCUGUGACAGACAACCACAACAAUUACGACGAUGCGGGGCUGCUGGUCGGCCAGUCCACUGUUGAGGCCAUACUCGCUGACUCCGAGGUCAAGCGAGAGCUGGCGGAAGAUGAGCAAUGCCCCAUGUAUCAAACCGAUGUGUCCGUCCUCAGUCUAGACAGAUCGGGAGAAGUUGGUUCGCAUCCGAUGAUCCAGCCAGAACAAUUCACAUUCGGCGAGGUGGCAGCCACAGCAAGUGCACACGACAACGACAGUGCCGGCCUCCCAGCCGCACCAUAUCCUGAGCUCAACUGGACAAACCUCAAGCUAGUCAUCACGUCCGGAUCGCCUUCUACCGUAACCGCGGCAGUCAACAUCUCCAGAGAUCUGCUCACACGCUUGGCCCGGAGUCUCCAAGAUGUGGCCGACCAGAAGCAAGCGGAAGGGGCAUCCUAUUGGGCCCGAUUUGUCCGCGAGCUCUUUUUGGACAAUAGCCGCAAUUGGUGCCACACAGCGCCGUGCCCCGAGGCAGAUGCCUUUGUCACAUAUAAUGGAUAUGGAUGGUCUCAAGCUAUUGAUGCUCAAGUCAUCAAAAUCGAAUUAGUGCUGCACAACAUAACGAUGCACGGCCACAAGCUUGAAAAUGAAUGCGCAGAGCACGAGCGACGCCAUGAAGUCUUGCUCCAGCAAUACAACGAGGUCCAGGGGAAGCUGCUGAGAGCAAAGACCGAGCUGGAUGCGGUCGCAGCCAAGUGCUGGGAUUUUAUGCGCGGUGUAUCAGACGCUGCGUCAAAGGAACAAGCAAAGCUGCAGCAAAAACAUGAGGCACGAGAGGCGAAGAGCGAGGCGCUCCAGCACGAAGACGAUUCUGCCCAGCUAGGAGCACAUUUAUGGCGGCACUUGGACCGCUACGACAUCCUGUCCCAGGAAAUCGCUGCGCUGCACGCUGCUCUGCAAAGCUGCGCAGACCGAGUCACGCUCCUCAAGCAGCAGAGGGACGAUACCAUACCACGCAAAGCUGCUACACGCAAGCAGAUGGCUACAGCAGUUUCUCUUCAGCGCGGCCGCAAACGUCUGCUGGGAGUACUGCUUGUCUUGAUUUCCGUGUCCGCAUGGGCGACCACUCUUGCGGCCGACGGACGCACGACUGAAGAGUGUCCUGUAAAAUCGGCACUUCUGGAUCUCCUCAGGACGGCUGACGAAGCUUGGCUGCCAUUGAGAUGGUGGCCACAUGUGACAUUGGGGCAUUGUUAG